AUGGCACCUCCAAAGCCAGUGAGACCAUUGGCCAACGAGGAGGAUGAGCCCAAGGCUCGCUCUGGCCAUCGAUCGACUGGCUCUUCAAAGCCUACUUCGACUACUGGUUCUAAGACACCUUCGAAGCCCCCUCACUCUUCUUCAUCUUCUCGUCGGCCCAACCUCACCGUUGAGCUUCCUCUACGUAAUGCACCCCCAGCAAAGCCUCUCGAUCCCCGCCAAGUCCGCGAAUUGCGGGAGCACAAAGCUCAAUUGGAGGAAGAUGCGAGGCGCAAAAAGGAAGCAGAAAGUACCGCUUGGAUGCGCCGAGCACGUUAUGACCCGGAGACUGGUGAGAAGGAAAAGCCGAGCAGCACUGGCUCUAGCAGCAGUGACUCCCCUAUCCGUCGAGUUGAGACCCCCCCAGAGCUCCCACCCCACUGGACAGAAGAAGAAAAAGUCAACUACGAACGCCUCGCGAGAGAAGGCGUGAAGGUGGCUGUCUUCGAGCAACACAGACUCGACAAAGACAAGAUUAUCAAGCACCAGGAUUAUGUUACCGUUGCCUGGGAUGGUUGUAAGAACAUCGACAUUCCCUGGCAUCGAUUCAAAGUUAGGGCGUCUUCUGGUACCCAGGAAGAGACUCAGAUCCAGCGUCGUGUCGGCUACAAUACUGCUGGCAAAGAAAUCGAGGUCAUGAUGAAUGCGUACCCUAUCACUUCUUUCCCGGAUAAGGCUGUCUACCAGUACGAGAUCAAUGUUCUUCAUGGCGAUCAAAACGAAACCGAUCGACGUGUCCUUAGAAAGUGCUGGAACAGUGAAACCCGAAAGGCACACCUCCCUGAUGGUAUCUGGGAUGGCGGACGAAUCUGCUGGUCUCUCAGAAAAUUCGAUGACUGGAAUGAAGCUAUUGAUAUCAAGAGUGACUUAACUCGAGACAUCAGGACUCUUGCCACCGUUGAGGAGUUUAAGAGAAACCCAACUUUCCGGAUGUCCGUCAUCCUGAAGAGAAGAAUCAAUCUUUCCGUGAUCAAUGCUUGGCUGCAAAGCCGUCAUGAGCUGGAUGAACUUGUCAUUGAAUCUCUCAGCUUCCUUGACCAUUUGCUCCGUGAAUGGCCGACCAAACAGUUUGCUGCGAUCAAGCGAGCCUUCUUUUUUGACAAGCUUGGAGAUGACGAGGAGUUAAAGCAGGAGUUUUACCAACCGCUUGCUAACAUGGGUGCUUCCGUUUACCGAGGCAUUUAUCAAGCCAUUAAACCGACUCCUCGAGGUCUGAUCCUCAAUGUUGAUGUCGCCCACUGCGUCUUCUUUUCUCGUAUCAGCCUUAUGGGCUACAUGAUGAAUGUGAACGGAUGGAACGAUAAAUCUACACUUGUGAGGAACCUCCAGUCUACACGCGAUAAAUUUGGAGGCGUCAAGGAAUCAAAGUGGUUUGCUCAAGUGAGCAAGAAAAUUCAAGGUCUUCGAGUGGCACCAAACUACGAGGGCUGUCCGUUCAAGAUGAAGAGUUUCAUCAUCAAAGGACUCAUUCAUGCAAGGCCCAAGGAAUUCUUUAUCGAUUACCACGACAAGGCUACUGGGGUUUCAACUCGGAUGAACCUCGAAGAGUACUUUAUGAAACGAUACAAUAUCCGUCUUGAAUAUCCUAACAUGGUUCUGGUCGAGAUGCAAAAGCAAGAUGUUCACUACCCUGCCGAGUUUCUGGUCAUCAAGGGUCUUCAGAGAUACCGUUACAAACUUACUGAUAUGCAGGCGGCACAGAUGAUUCAGUGGUGCGCAACCAGACCCCCGAAGCGUUUGGCCAAUGCACGCCAGGCGAAGGAACUUCUGCAGCACAAGAAUGAUCCUAUCCUGAAGCUUUAUGGCUUGAACAUCAGUGAACAAAUGAUCAAGACCAAAGCCCGCCUCCUUCCGAGCCCCGAAAUUCAGUUUGGCGGCAACACCAAGCACAACCCCCGGCACUCGGGAAGUUGGGAUCUCCGCGGUAAGAAGUUCUACAAGCCCAACGAAAAGGCCCUUCAGGCAUGGGGUGUCGGAUUCUUUGCUGGCCAUCGCAAAUCAAUUAACCAUGACCAGACGCUCAUGUGGGUUGAUCAAUUCGUGAAGAUAUACAAAGCCAUGGGUGGUGAGGUCACGGCCCGGCCCGUGGUGAAGGCAUUGAGCGAGGAUGUUGGCACCAGUGUCAAGAAACUGUACGAUGCCAUCGCAACUCAUAACAAACAAGAGCCCCAGCUUAUGGUAUUCAUCGUUCCUGACAAGGAUUCCUGGGUGUAUCUUCGCAUCAAGAAAUCUUCCGACUGCCGAUACGGUACCCCAUCGCAGGUACUUCAAUCCGCACACUGCAUCUCUAAUAGGCCCCAAUACCACGCAAAUGUUCUCAUGAAGGUCAAUGCGAAGCUCGGCGGAGUCACUGCCCGAGCUGUUCCCAAGUCGAAGAGCUCAGGUCUGCGUCCAGGAUCCAUGAUUAUUGGUGCAGAUGUCACUCAUCCGAUGAUGGGUGUGUGGACCCCGUCACUGGCAGCCAUGUCAGUCUCGGCGAACUCAACUGCAACUCGCUACAUGGGUGGAUGCGAGACCAAUGGCGAUCGGAUCGAAAUCAUUCGCGAUAAAGUUGUGGAAUUCAUUCUUCGCCCUAUGGUCGCCGAAUGGAAAGCAACCGUUGGAAAUGGCAAAGCCCCCGAAUAUGUUUACUAUUUCCGUGACGGUGUCUCUGCUUCCGAAUACCAGAGGAUCCUAUCUGAGGAGGUCCCAUCCAUUCGCUUCGCCAUUGCUCAUGCAUGUGGUCAGCCGGUCUGGAGUGGUAAGAUGUGCGUUGUGGUUGCCAACAAGCGCCAUCACCUUCGAGCAUUCCCCGACCCCAAGAACCGCGCCACCUCCGACUCUAAUGGCGGUCCCCUGCCAGGCACUCUCAUUGAUCGCGACGUGACUAGUCCACAUGAUUGGGAUUUCCUGCUCUACACCCACAUCGCCCUACAGGGAACCCCUCGUCCGGUCCAUUAUCAUGUCUUGCUGGAUGAAAUUGGCCUCAAGCCCAACGACCUUGAGGGCAUGAUCAACGAUCAUUGUUACCAGUACAUCCGUUCAACCACAUCUGUUUCUGUUCACCCUGCAAUCUACUACGCCCACUUAAUUUCUGUUCGUGCUCGUCACCAUGAGGAUGUGCCUAUUACUUCUGGUCCCCAGAGCGGUCCAGAAGUGAAGAUGACAAACCCUAAGCCCAAGGAGCCCCGAGCUAAGAGAUUGCUUCCUAUUGAAGGCACUUCUAACAGAUUGGCUUUGGGAAUGUGGUAUGUCUAA